AUGGCUAAUGUGAUGCUAACGAGUGAGGCGGCUAAGGACCCCAACAAGCCUUUUGCAGUGCGCGUUGAGGAUGUGUGCACUAAAUUUGAUGAGCUUGUCUCUGAGUGUUUGACGCUUGUGCAAUUCGAGGAGCAACCAACUAGUAACGAAGGCGAGAUUCAAACUAGUAUGGAGGAUCAAGUGGUCAAAAAGCUGGAGCAGUUCAAUUCAGUGUGCGACGAGCUGUACAAAGAGAUACUUCGACGAAAAGAAAAGCUUUUGUAUCUCAUGGAAAAGAGUCCGAAAAACGUGGAUCUGCAUCGUCAAAUUCAAACGGCAGGUAACUUGGCCCAAGUCGUCGGCGACUUUCGGCAUUUUCUAGAGACAGGAACAGAUGCGACGCAAUCGAAGAGUUACAUUAAUUAG